AUGUUCGCCUCCGAGACCCUCAACGUCUUCCUCUCCCCACCAUCCUCGAAAUCGGCGAAAAAUGAUUCGAAUUCAAGCACUAUUUCACCUCAAAAACCGGAAAUCGACCCGGAAUUCGAUUUCGAGCGGAAAUUUCACCCGAAUUCUGACAUUUUCGACGCGAUUUUGUUGGUGGAGGGGAGGAAAGUGUAUGUGGGGAAACAGUAUCUCGGCACAUACUCUCCAUUCCUCAACGAUCUCUUGGAAGUCAUCCCAGAAUUCGAGAUUCCCGACGUCAAAUUCCACGAUUUCAUCGAAUUUUUGCAUUUUCUGUAUCCCACAGACGCCGAGAUGACGUCAUCGAACGUCGAGCGUCUUCUGAAUCUCGCGCAUCGCUUCGAAGUCGAAAUUCUGAAAUCGAAAUGCGAGAAAUUUCUAAUUUCUUUGGAUUCAAUGGACACCGCGUGGAAACUGAUUCUCGCGGAGACGUUCUCAUUGUCACGCCUUCAGAAUCACGUGCUUCAGAAUCUGACGACGGAAAAAGAUGUGCAGAAGGUGUCGAAAAGUGCGUACUACCGUCAGAUGACCGACACGACGAAGACGUCGCUUCUGAAUCGUGUUCUGGAGAUUAUGGAGAAGAAGGAGGAUUCAGAUGAGGACGACGAUGAUGAAGAGGAAGUUUCGAUGCCAGAUGAGAGUGAUGACGUCAUUUAUGUGGAAUAA